AUGAGGUUCGUUACUCUUGCCUCUCUGGCUGCGGCAGCCGUCGCCCAGGAGCUCUGCGAACAGUAUGGCACACACGUCAGCAGCCCCUAUAGCGUCAACAACAAUCUGUGGGGGAUGGACUCUGGUUCUGGCUCCCAGUGCACCUAUGUUGAUGGUAUUUCGGGUUCGGGUGCAGCAUGGCACACCACAUGGACCUGGUCUGGGGGUGAGGACGAGGUUAAAAGCUACGCCAAUUCCAAGCUCGAGGACCUGAACAAGGCGCUUAUCAGUGAUGUUCAGAGCAUUCCCACCACAGUGGAAUGGAGCUAUGACAACACCGAUAUCAGGGCGAAUGUGGCGUACGAUCUCUUUACGGCGGCCGAUAUUAACCAUGUCACCUACAGUGGCGAUUAUGAGCUGAUGAUCUGGCUCGGUCGUUUCGGCGGUGUCCAGCCCAUUGGCUCUCAGAUCGGCAGUGCCACUGUCAGCGGGGCUACCUGGGAGCUGUGGAAUGGCAUGAAUGGGGAGAUGGAGGUGUUUAGCUUUGUUGCGGCCAGUCCCCUCACAUCCUGGUCCGCAGACAUCAAGGAAUUCUGGACCUAUUUGAGCGAUCAGCAGGGGUAUCCUGCAGCAAGCCAGUAUCUGAUUAAUUUCCAAUUCGGCACGGAGCCUUUUACAGGAGGGGAGACCACCCUCACGGUUGCCCAGUGGACUGGUAGCGUUUCCUAA